GCCGCGGUCCCCCCGGGGGUGGCGGCCGCGCUCGGUUUUUUUUUUUUUUUUUUUUUUUCUAUUUUUUAUCGCUUCCUUCCCGGACCGGAGCCCCGGGAGCGGUGCUGGGCCCGGCCGUGGCAGCCUCCGCGGAGCUGGGAGCUGAGGGCUUGGGGCUGCCGGGGUCAGCCACGAUGCUUCAGCCCGCGUGCCCGGAGGAAGACUCUGCCACCGAAGUCCUCGCUUCCAGCUAGACAGACCUGAGCCCAGCAGCUGCCAUGGAAGCAGCCUGCACAGAGGAGUCUGCCAGGAGCAGGUCUCAGUCCGCCGUGUGCAGGCAGCGCAAGGGCAGCGACCAGCAGCCCGAGGAGAACGGCGAGCGGCUGUCCCAGUGGAGCGAUGCCUCGGUCGCAGCUGCGGAGCAGCAGCAGCAGCCCCAGGCCCCCCCCGGCAAGCUGAAGAAAACUGCUUUCAAGCUGUUUGGAGGGAAGAGGAGCAUAUGUACGCUGCCCAGUUUCUUUGGCGGCAGAAACAAAGGCCAGGGGAAAGGAGCCUCGAAAAAGGGCCUCAGUAAAAGUAAGACCCACGAUGGGAUCAGCGGUGCUGUGUAUGACGAGGGCAGCAGGGUGCAGCUGGAAAGCCCUUCGGAUGGAAGCAAGGAUUCGCAUCCUUGCCCGCUGCCGAGCUCCCAAAGCGUUCACGUGGCCAUAGACACCAGCGUCAAGUUUGAUUUUGGCAGGCAGGACGGCUCUCCGCCAGGGAGUAUUGAGGGCUGUGAGAAGAAGCCCAAUGGAGACAAGUCAUCCUUUCCCAGACCGAAAAAAGGCCUGAAGGGGCUGUUGAACAGCAUCCGGCGUCACCGCAAGAGCAAGGUGGCUGAGUGCGAGAAAGCAGAGCUCCCUGAGUGGACUGGGGACUCAGAGGAGGCCAACAAAGCUCGAGGCACGGGAACGGAAACCCAAGGAGCCACAGAGGAAAGGGGACCUGGGUCUGUCCCCCUCGCUGCGGCCUGCCCAGGGAACUCGGAGGAUAAUUGCUCGGUAGGCACGACCACCAACUCCGGGGAGGCUGCUGAGCCAGACUGGCUCAGGGCUGACCAGGGCAGCCCCGAGGGUGAUGGGGUGGCGAUGCCUGGGGACCAGGAUGCUCUGGAUGCAAAAUCAGAGGUGGACGCCGCUGUCUGUGCAGAGUCUGACUACAGCCACCUCCCCGUGGCCCUGCAUCCCGACUUGGCAGACAACGACCCUCCCUCGCUGCACUCUGGGGACCAACUGAGCCUCAUCUUCGGAGACGUCACGUCCCUGAAGAGCUUCGAUUCCCUCACGGGGUGCGGAGACAUCAUCGCUGAGCCCGACAUCCUCAGCAUUGCCGAGAGCGCGAUCUCUGUGGAGCGCAGCAGAGAUGCUGCGAAACGGAGCUCCUGCCUCGUCACCUACCAGGGCGGCGGGGAGGAGAUGGCCAUGCCGGAGGAGGCGGAGGAGUACCUCCAGCAGAUGUGGGACAGCACCACUGAAGGGGACGGGAGCUACGAAGCCCAGCUGCCACCCGCCAUGAGCGGUCGCGACCCGCAGGCGGCGAGCAGCAAGCUGGAGACGCGUGGUUUGCACGAGGCAGAAGCCCACCCCUACGCCGGGGGGGCGAUGGAUGGCGUUGAGCUCCUGACGCCGCAGAGCGACCAGCAGGAGUCUGCACCUAACAGCGACGAGGGUUACUAUGACUCCACCACGCCGGGACCAGAGGACGAAGGCGGGGAUGGGCUUUGCGAGAUCAAGAAGGACCGUCUGCCCAGAGACAGCUACAGCGGCGAUGCGCUUUACGAGUUUUAUGAGCCAGAUGACACGCUAAUGAGUCCCUCGCACGGGGAGGAAUCCCUGUUUGAGAGCAAAGUCUCUCGCCCAGAGAUCUUCAGCUACUUCUUGGACUUCUGUCUCCCUGCUGAGAAGGGCUUGAUCCAGAUGAUGGAUCAGAAAAUGGGUGUUAUGGAAACCGAAGAAGAGCGGCUAGCUGCCAUCCAGAAAGAGCUGCUGUACUGGGAGCUGCAGAGGGAACCGGUCCUGAAACGGCUCGAUGUUCCCAGGGAAAAGCAGUACCUUGAAUGUAAAACUAGAGCAGCCAGCUUGAUUGGCAAAAAUCAGAGUUGCCUUGGUAGUGAGCAGAUUGCCUCUCAAGCUCCGAAUAGGAGCGUGAGUAGCGGGGUUUCAGUGGCGAGAGGCGAAAACCCAGAGUGGAGGGACUUUCCAGGGCCUUUGUGUCCAGAGAACUGUUACAACAGCCAAAAAGCCCAAGGAAGUUGCCUUAUUCAGCUCAUGAAGAACAACCCAGGGUUCAAUUCUGACCCGGAUCAGGCGUUGUUCGGGGGCCCCGUCCACGGCGGCGUGGCCCCACCCAAAACAGGGCCGUUCCCCGGCUACAGGCCCCACGAGCGCGAGAGCUGCUCACAGAGCGACCGCCGCGACGGGGCUGAGGCCGCCCCCAGGGAGCCCCAGGCUGACAGCGAAUGUGAACCCGAGCAUGCCGUGAACUUCUCGCAAGCACUAGUGGAGUUCACCAGCAGCGGGACCCUCUUUUCCAGCCUCUCGGAAAGCCUGGGCAGCUCCGACUCCGGUUCCUCCUUCACGCAGAACCUCCCCGUCCUCCCCACCAUGGUCACCUUCGACAUCGUCGACGUGGAGCAGGAAGGGGAAGGGGAGUGCGAGCAGCACCUCGAGAUGAACGCCGACGAGGACAUCGCCGCAUCCUUCGAGGCCUUUGACGACAGCUACGUGCAGAAAGAGUCAUUUGCUGAAUGUGACGAGAGAAUGUUCCCCGGGUACCCCCAGGGCUCCUUCCAGAGCUGUAACUGGGGUGUCGCCAGCCUUCCCCGCCACCUGCGCCUGCACGGGCUCAGCCCGGCCAUGCCAGCGCCCCUCUCCGUCAACAGGAGGAGCAGGUCGCUCGACACGGAGAGCCUCGAGUUCGAGCUCGCCGACCUGCAGGUGUCCAAGAACGGCCUUAAGCCGUGCCAGCUCUGGUCUAAACGGGACAAAAAGGACUUGGACGGUGCGAGAAGGAGCAGGAGCAAAGAGGACGCCGGGCUGUCCGUUCCUGCAGGUGGGGAGGCCGACAGUGUGCUGGGCUGGCCGGGCUUGCAGCACCUGCAGUACGACGCCGAGCUGGCUCCCGGGGGGGUGAAACGCUGGGGCUUUGCUCCGGCUGCUGGGCUGGAGAGCGGCUGGGAGCCGUCCGAGCAGCCGGACGCCGACUCCCCCUUUCUGUCCCUUUCCCGCAGCAGUGCCAGAGAGGCUCUGGAGAGGCGGCCCCAAGAGCCGGAGCUGGACAGGCAACUGGUCAGGCCGUCCAAUUUACCUCUGCAGGCCGACACGAGGCAGCCCCUGGAGGCGCCCGGUGCCUACAGGUACCACGGAGAAGUCGCGGCCAAAAAGCUCGCCCGCGUGUUACCGCUGGGCGAGCCGGAGCCGCCGCAGAGCUUCGGCUUCGCUCAGUCCCCAGAGAAACCAGCCAAGUGCAAACCUGUCGGCGUGGCCCAGGGGGUGCCCCAGUUUCACGAUGACAGCACCGAAACCUUAAAAAGCCCCUCCUGCUUCGUGGAGCACUUCGGGAGCGCCGGCAAAGAGCUGCUGAAAGGGAGAGGCACGCAGGGGAGCGCGCUGCCCGCCGGCUGCCCGAGCGCUGCGGUGAAUGUAACAGGAGCCAAAUAGCUCCUCCUGGGCAGCCGGGGAGGUGGGAAAGGGUUAAAAGGGUGGGCAGGGGGAGGGAGAAAGUGAACACUAAGGAGCGACUUUAAUGUCGAACUGGGCCAACAAAGAUGAACUCCUGCAGCUGCAGUAAGCACCUGGUCUGCAUGCUGCCGCCGUUCCGCGCUGCUGUGGGUACUCUGGUUUGAAGUAGAGCAACCUCCUAGAUUCAUGGAUUAACACUGAGGCACUUUUGUUUUUUUUCCCAGUGCGAGCCACCGCUCUCGAAUACAAUACACAAUGCAAAAUGCGGCCCCAGUGCACGGCCCCAUUGCUGCUAGAAUAAAUUCUGGAAACGGACCCUUUUCUAGCACGGCAGGUUUGUUCUCGGCAGGUUCAGCUCAAGGGGCACCGUCACCUUUGGAGGAAAGAUUUGAGGAUUUGAUGUUUGGGAGGAGCAGGGAGCAUUGCUGCCCUGCGCCCUCGCUUCGGGCGUUAGUUGGUUGCGUGGGGUCACGUCUCCCUGGUUUGAGGUUUUUGGGGCCAGGCUGCUUUCGGGCGCCUUCCUGAAGCCACCGCUUCAGGAUGGAGCCAGGGGAGCAAGUCUCGGGGAAGCUUUCAGAAGAAAUUGUUUUUUCUUCCUCUUCUCGGUGAAACGUUUUGUUUCGGACAGACUUUUAAUGUCUUCCAUCUUGUUUGUGAUUUGGGGACCCCAGAGGAAGGAUGCAGGUUAUUUUGAGAGCAAGGAAAGGAGGCAAUUCAGCUGAAAGGGGAACGUUGCCGUAACUUUUUUUUUUUUCCUGCCCAAAAGGAAAGCAGGAGCUUUUGUGUGCGUGCUGAUAACAUUUUUCAGCUCUAGCUUUAAUUUGCUCAAAAAUACAACACUCGGAGAGGAGUUCUCUUGAUGGAUUCCCUUUCCAGAACAAAACUUCAGCCCUUUUUUGUCGUGGUCUGUCUUCAUGGUGCAUAAUUUCCAAGUGAAGCAUUUCCCAUGCUUUGUCCCACAUUCCUAGCCUCUCCCAGGCCACGGGCACAUGUAGGAAUUCUUUGAAAUAAGCUAAAUUUGCAUCGUGCCUGUAGCUGUGAAGUUGCCGAUGCUGUUACUUUCUUCAAAAGGAAGUUUUGUGGGUUUUUUACUUUGUUUGUUUUCUUUGCAUAAACUCAUGCGGGGAAAGUAUUCUGUUAAUUGGAAUACAGGAUGUAAUGCAGCCUAAAUUAGGCUUCACAACUUCUUCCUCCUAACUGGAGGGAACAAAAAAGCUGGAGAUUGCUGCAGGUUUUUGAUUGUUUGUUUUUCCUCUUUCAACGAGUGUGGAGAAGGGACAUGAGCUAAGGAGGCAGGCUCUGUGCUGAGGAGGCUGAGAGCUCCUGGAAACACUUUGAGGCUGGUGGAACAGAGCUCCUGUCUCUCCUCAAGGAGUCUCUUGUGUCCUGGUCGAUCUUAAACACUUUUGUCUGUAACCCAAACCUCGCCUUCUGUGACUUACAAGGCCUCUUCCUGCUUCUGUCCAACUUCUGGAGCCUGAUCUUAAUUCAGUUACAGAUAGCUUUUUUUUUUUUUUCUCCCUGACUUGCCCCUUUUCUGCUUCUUCUCACAGCAGAGCUUUUAGCAUUAAAAAAAUAAUCCCAAACGGGCAAUACCACAGCGUUCCCCUCCUCCAGGGCCUGCUGUUUGUGGCCGGUGCCUGGCUGUGCCCCCGACCCGCUGACCGAUGUGCUUGGAACACGAGCAGCCCCCGGUGUCACCGUGCCUGGGGAGCACCGAGGCACCGAGAGCUGCUUUGUGCUGUGUUCCCAAGCAAAAUGAAGUCCUGUUAUUUCGUCUUGGGAAGAGGCUUCUUACCCCUGUCCCUGUGCAUCCAUGAAGGAGCAGGGAAUGGCAAAGCCAGGCUUUGAUUUUUGGCAGUUCCAUUUAUGUAUGAUUUUUUUUUCCGUGAACAGACUCCUGAGGUUAGAGCAGAGCUGUCUGCAUAUCUGUGGGACUAAACCUUCAUUUUUCAGUAUUUCUGUACCAGCGCCUCUGCACGGAGGUGCUGUGGGAACCCGCUGUGCAGCAUUUUCCUUCCCUCUGUGCACUCUUCUUUUAUCAAAAAGGGUUUUGUGGGACAGACUCUUCUACCCUCUGUUCACUCCCGUUGUAGCCAAAAGGGUUCGUGGGACAGAGCAGCCCUAAUUGACACCGGCAUCAUAGCUGAGUCCACUGCAACCCGCUGCCACUCGCAAGGGACGGAUGGCAGGCAGACAGUGCUAGCAACACCAGAGAUGCCACAGCACAAACCGUUGCUCGCCGUAAUUGCUUGGCUUCCGCAGCAGCCUCUUCCUGGAUUUUUAGUGGUUAUUUUCUUUCAGCGUGUCACCAAAGGCAUCUUGCAGGUCAGGGGGGUUUUGCGUAGUGUUUUUGUAAAUGGCGCAGCGUUUGCCAAAGUCCUGGUGAAGUAUGAAAGUGUCUCAGUGCUAAAAUGAAUGUACAGUUGCAAAUGCAUGUCUCUUUAGUAAUAAUUAUUUUGGUUGUAGGUACGUAGUAGAAAGACUUACUGACAACAGUUCCUAGACUAAUGUGUGAAAGCAAUACAGCCAAGACUUGAUAAUCUGACUUUAUACCAAAGGUUUCUCCUCUUAAUUUGACUUGAACUAAAUGAAGCAGACACCUGCUGAUUUAAAGUGAGAUUUUUAAAAGCAUUUUAAACCCAUUUUCCAGGAUUAUUGGAGCAUUCUGCCCCAUUAACCAAAAGAAGUAAAAAUUUUCAUUAUUCUAACCUGGGCUGUAGAUUUUCACUGCCGUGGAGUGGAUUUCAUUACCUAAUGCACUCCUGCUCUUACAAUACCUGUCUGCUCUGGGAUAAAUAGGACCAGAUCUUCCCCACAAUACUUUUCUACCCGGAAAUUAUAAAAGAGCUGCUCUUUGAGUGCCAAAUACAAGCUCCUGGGCCUUGAUCUUGUCCCCUUAGGGAUUUAGGAGAGAUUUCUCACAGUUGCAGUGUCCAAAUUAACGCUCAAAUCCCUGGAGGGGGGAAAUACUCACACCCCCCUUUCAGAAGCAAUGGGUCUGGAAAUGAAGCGUGUAAGGGUGAUCCUCCAUCCUUUCCCCGAUUUACGGAUGUUAAUCGAUUGUUUGGGUUUGCUGAAGCCAAACAGGGAGUGUUUGGUGGCACAGGGAGUGGUUGGAGCACGGGCACGGCUGCCUCGGGGUGGGAUCGACCCACGGCUGCUUUCCUAUGGGGGAGAGGGGCUGGCAGCCCACGAUGCCCUCAGAGCUCGCUCGUUCACCACUGCCAACCUCAUACCAAGCACCAUUUCCAAGAAAUUCCCCACCUGAGUCCUUGGAGCCCAUCUAAGCUAGCAGCAGCCCGAUUUCUCACCCAGGACUGCAGCAGUUCUGCUCGUCUCUGGAUGAAGCUGUUGUCGUUUAACCUGGUUAAACAGAGACUUACCCAAGGAGCCCGAGUUUGAGAGUAGUAAUCGAGGCUUUUUGUGAAAAAGGGGUCUGCUGAGCCAAAAAAUAAGUCAUAGGAGUGAGGAUAGCAGGUUGUCUUGCCGAGAUAUUGAGGAAAAUCUCCCCCAAACCUCAAGGAACUGAGUACGUCCCUUCCAGGGAAAGCCUUGGCUCGGAGUGGUGGAUUAUCACUGUUAACUUACAGAUCAAACCACUGCCCUUCAGGUCAGCCUACCAAGUAACUCUGUAUUGCAUUUUGGGGACUUUGUUCUUUUGUUUGUUUGUUUGUUUUUUAUAUACACACAAGAAAAUGGUCGAUUUUAUCUAUUUUUGUAUAGUUUUGCAUUUUAUAUUCAUGGGGAGAUUUUAUGGACUGUUCUUUUACUUACGUACGUUGUGUUUUAAAAUGGUGUGGUUUACAGUUCCGAUGGAGAAAAAGCAAUUUAUUGCUGUCACUGCUGCUGCCACUGCCUGUGCAAUGCAAGAAAACCACCUCGCUUCUCAUACCCUUGUGUACCACGCUGCUCAACUUUAUAUGAGGGCCUGGCUCUGAAAAUCAGCAGCCAGUCCAUUGCCAAUACUUACUCUCUCUUUGUGGACGCCGCCAAGAUGUCUUUGUUUUAAUACUGGUUUGUCACACUUGUCACCUGUUUUCUAGCUUUGUUUUUAAUCUGAAUUUGUGGACCGUGGUGAUUUCUCCCUGAAAGUGUUGUUGGCUGUCUUUUAAACUAAAAAAGCGUGGAUUUCAGCUGGGGCUUUCUGUUCUGUGUGCGUAGUUACUCUGUCCAAUACUGGGGCUUUUCUUAAAUCCCUGUACAACCUCGCGGGGCAGGAGAUGCUGUCGGCUGGUUUGCUGUGAUGAUCUUGAAACCAGUGGCAAAGAUCCUCUCUGGGGCUCCUCAGGGCUGUGAGCCUGGCCUGCUCCGUGUCUGUCUGGGAAUCGUUCUGAAAAUAACCCUGAGGUCUGAGGGUCCCCUCCCCGCCUGGCUUCUUCCCGGAGCAACACUGCCUCGAAUUUUGGGAUCUUAAUUGAAAUGAGAGCUUCUGGUAAGCUAAGACCUAACGCUAGUUAACGUGGUUCUUUUCUUCCCUUUUUUUUUUUUUAGUUGAAUGAAUAUGCUGCUUUGUUUGCUUGACUCUAUGUCUGUGCCCCUGCAGAGUUUGCAACCCUGUGUGGGGUGUAAGGGCUGACAUAACUUCUCUGCAGAAGGUCAUGUUGAUUAAUUGAGCAGAAGAGAACAAUGCCAAACAGUGACAGGCAAAAAGAAAAUUAAAUGCUGAAAAGCUAAAAAAUUACUGAGACUGAAAGCAGAUUUGUCCCUUCUUCCCCCGACAGCCAACGCCGGCAGAGAUGCCAGUUCCAUCUGAGACAUUUAGCCCUGUGCAGGUUUUUGUCUUUUAAUUAAAUAGCUCCUAACAAAAAGGAGUGCUGCUAGUGUUUUUUUUUUUUUCUUUUUUUUUUAAUGGUUUUGGCCCAUUCCCGGAGCAGGGGCGGGAAGGCAGGUGGCUUGGCAAACACUCCGGGGGCGCGCUGACCCUCGCUGCUUUCACAUUCCCUCUGCCCCUCGGUGUGCGGGCCCUGUCUCGAGUGCAGCUCAGACCUGGUACUGGCUCUUCUCUCUGCGGAUGGAUGAUCCCAGAAAAUGGAAAAGGAAAAAGGCCUUCAGCCCGGCCAGCCCACCUCCUGCCCCUCCGGCACCCCGCUGCGCGCUCCCCACUGCUGGGAGCAGUGCCCGUCCUGCCGCUGCCUCUGCAGGUGCCUUGCUUGUGGUGCAGGGAACACGCAGAAGUCUAGAAAAGCCCGUCAGUGCUAACGAAACAGCGCUUUGCCCAUGUCCGUCCCUUGCUGUCCCCCUCCGUGGCCACCUGCAAGGGAGCCGUGCUGCUGGCAGCGCUGGCCCCAGUGCUUCGGGCAGCCUGGCGGAGGCAGGGGGUUCCCCUCUGGCCCCCGCGAGGGGACCGUCUGGUGGGGGCUUUGUCCUGGUCUGGUCUCAUUGCUACUAGUUCUUUCAACUUUUUAAUGUAUUGACUGUGUUUUAAAUUGAAUGUUCCUUUCACUGAAUUCUAAUGAAUAAACUUCGGAUUUUUAGAGAA